AUGAAGACUUCAACCCUUCUCUUUACAGCUGUAUCUCUCCUACCGUCGUUAACGGUAGCACAGGCUGCCGCUGGCGGUGGUGUUUUGCCCCCAGUAGCUCCGCCAGCAACAACAGUUUGGGUAACUGUCACUGAUGCCCUCGGCGCCGUCGCUACCGUCCCGUCACUUUAUACACAGAAAUUCAGGAGCCCGUCUCCGCUGGUACAACUGAAGAGUGGCCAGAUCGGGCUGGGGCAGUGGGAGACGGAAGCUCGCGCAACUGGAACGGCAUCACCAGGCAACUAG